CGGCCAUAUUGGUGGUGGCAGGAAGUGCAUUUGACCUAUCUGCAAAUAUUGGCAAGGAGUCAGGAAUGAGUAUGACUGCAUACAAAGGUACGCCGAUAACCUGCCCUGCGGUGUUGAAUUUUACCAGGGAUUCUGCUAACUUCAAGACAUUAGGAUUGUAUAGGGAGAAAUGAACAAGGUGGUCUUUGGGAUGUGAUAUUAAAGGGUCAACUAGUCAAGGAGGUGGUUCAAUAUGUGAUCUACAACCCUCAUCAUGUGCUUCUCUGCAGUAAUCAGAACUCCUUGCUUCCAUCUCUUGGCUCUCUUCAUCAUUACUCUAUUUCUGGCCACUUUUUGUUUCCACGGCCUCCUGUAUUCCCCCUUGUUUUCUCGCAGACUCCACCUCCAGCAAUUAAGUCGGGAUUUCUUACAGCAAAACUUGAAGGAUGGGACUAAUGACCUGAAACAUUUUCAGCAGCUUGUUUCCCCAGGACCCUAUAACAUAUCACUCCCUUGUAACCACAGACCCCUGGAGAGCUUGAAGGCAACACAUGCAGGUACAAGCACACCCCUCAUCAUCACCAUCAUUACGACAAGACGCCGGCCUGAAUACCAUUACCUCCUGCAAGUUGCACAUGGAUUUCUUGAUCGACUAAAUGAAUGUGGAACGGACUGUUCAGAUUUUAAGCUUUUAGUCUGCAAUGUGGACCCUGUGCCCAAUGCACACACUGAUGCCUGUCUCCUCUCCCACUUCUUGCCAUCAGUGGCACGCUAUCUUGAUGAACACAUAGCUGAAGCCCCCAACCGUUUUGAGCAGGAGAAGCAAGAUUAUGCCUACUGCCUGGCUUGUUCUCUGGAGCUCUACACUCCAGAAUACGUGCUGCUGGUUGAGGAUGAUGCUGUCCCACUCAAAGAUAUUUUCAGUGCCUUCUUCCAUUUAGUCCAAGUGCGUUUCCCUACAGAACCUCUAGGGGGAGGCCUGUACACAAAAUUAUAUCAUCCAGAAAGAUUGCAGGGUUAUGUGAACCCAGAGCCUAUGCGGAUUUUGGAAUGGAUUGGCCUGGGCGGGGUUUCGGGUUUGGCUCUCACUUGGUUGUACACCAUUAUUUUUUACCGACCACGGUUUAGCUGGCCUAUGUUUGUUGUCUUGACUAUUUAUGUCAUGUUGCUGGCAGAGCUCACAGGUAGGCAUUACCUUCUGGAACUGCGCAGGGUGUCGCCUGCUCUUUACAACGUGGUGCCUGUCACAGAAUGCUGCACACCAGCCAUGCUGUUCUCUGAAACCUCUGCCCGGAGGACCUUGCAAUAUCUAGAGGAAUUUCAAUGUGCACCGGGUUAUGCCAAGGAUAUUGCCCUGUACAAAGAACUUAGGAAAAGGAAGGAGUGGGCAUGGGCACUGGAACCCAACCUGGUUAAACAUGUAGGAAUGUUUUCUUCUCUCAGAGGAUGGUAUGAAGGAGAAGAGCCUAUGCUGCUAUGAUUGCGAGGAAAUAAAUGUUUAUCCACUGCAAUCCUAAUAGAAACUGCACUACUAUUGAUUGGAGAGUCUACUUGCUACUCCCCCUCAGUAGCUUUAUUCAGCUAGGGCUGUAUCCAUUAAAGGGGUUCUCCAACAUUUGUGAAAAUUUGGUGGGGGACGAGAGGCUUGAUUAAAUUAUAAUUUAAAAAAAUUGCCUUUAAAUUCUACCAUGGCCAUAUGCUGUUAUCAUUCCUAUGACCAUUGCAGCCGAUCAUUGGCCUCAGCGUUCAUAUAUGCCAUUCAUGAACACAUGACUGCUGAGGCCAGUGAUUGGUUUCAGGAGUCAUGUGCUGCAGUUGAUGACAUCAAAUUCAUCGUUCCCAUUUUAAAGGGGUUUACCGGACCUGUAAAAGGAAGAUUACUUACCUGCUUCCCAGCGCUGUCAGUCAGUAAGUGGGACCGUCCAAAUGACUCCAAAGGGUUUAAUGAAUUACAAGUUUUGCCAAAUCUUUUCCCCUAAAACUACAUAUCAAUCUGCUCAGCUCCUCCUUCUCUAUAACUGCUGCCUGCAGACUGCAUUACAUUUUAGAGGGGCUUUCCACUUUAUCAUCUUUUUCACACUUACGUUGAAAACAGCAGUAAAGGGUAUUUUUCUUUAGAAUAUCAUCGUCGAUGUCCUCCUCUGAGAAGUGCUCUUCAUUGAAUUACAUCAUGGGAAACUAGCUUUUGAGCUUUGAGUCAUUGGAGACAUACUUGUUCCUAGAAGGGUUGCCACAUUUCCCCCCCAAAAAACAGUACUGGCAGGACAAAGGUUCUGUGAAAUUGGAGGUGUGCAUUUAUGCAGUGACUUUCCAUUCUAUAAUCUGCCGGCGUGUACAAUAGUAAGAGGGUUAAUGUUAGCAUAGUUGGUGGUCUUAGGGUCACAUAAUACGUCAUGGCUGUAUGCACUCCGCCUCCUGGUGCGGACCUGUUGACUUUUAUGGGUCUGCCAGAUGCAGCAGAAGAUGGGACAUGUUUUUUCGCGGCAUGGAGGCACAGACCCGGGAACACACGGAAGCCCUUCCAUGUGCUUCCCGGUCCGUGCCUCCACACCACAAAAAAUAGGACAUGUCCUACCUUUCACUGCAGAUGACAGACCCUUUCAAGUCCAUUGGUCCUGUAUGCAGAAUGCACACAGCCAGUGCCCGUGUUUUGUGGAUUUGCAGUUUGUGGACCACACAAGGGCCUGGCCUUCCAAUGGUCAUGUGAAUGCGGCCUUAUUUCAUGACAAAUGCCAUUGAAAAAGUCACUUUCCUGCCAUUUAUUUAACGGCGUUAUCCAAAGCUAAAUAACCCCUGCUACAAUGCCUGGGCCCGCAACAUUGUGCAUACUUACCAGCACCGGUGACCUGCCUCCUUGCAUCACAUGUGACGUAGCACAGGAUGCAAGGGGGCAGGCCACCGCCGCGGCCUGCUAUUGGCUGCACCCCCUUCAUUGAUGGAUGUUGGAUUCCUGCAGGCAGGGGAGACGCAAAGAUGGCCAUGGAGUGAUCGGGGGAGGAAAUCGGCAACCAGGUAAGCAUGCACAGUGUCUCGGGUCCGGGCAUUAUAGCAAGGUUUAAUGAGUCUUUGAUAACCUCUUUAACACUUCAACUAUUCCUUUUAGCCCUGUUACAUCUGUAUGUAUUAUAUGGGGUGGUCAGGCAGCAUGGCCCAACGCCUUAUUCUUACUACAAUAGGGGAACAGCCAAAGGCAGACGGGGACGAGCCUCCCUAGCUUGAUGCAACCGACUAAGAAUUUACUAUAUGAAAACGGGGCUUCAUAAACAUGUGGCAACGGUAGGACAUGUAUGUAUAUCACUCUAGUACUAUUACACUAAUGUCCCCAAUCCCGGACAACCCCUUUAAUAGCAUAUUAUAGUAAUGCAUUACUAAAAGCCUGGAAGAUAUAAUGUCAUAUCCUAAUUUCUAAUAAAAUAAAACCUAAAUUAUUAUUUUUGAAAA